UAUAUGGGUGAACAGCUAUUCUAUUAUUUAAACAUUUUGUUUGGUUCUACUACGUUCAGGGUAGAGGCUUUCCGUGACGCAGCAUCGGCUAUGGAGCAAGAGAAAGAAGUCCUGCUGGAAAUGAUCCACAACAUACAGAACAGCCAGGAUAUGAGGCACAUCAGUGAAGGUGAGAGAGAAGAACUUAACCUGACGGCCAAUCGUCUGAUGGGCCGAACCCUCACCGUGGAGGUGUCUGUGGAGACCAUCCGGAACGCCCAGCAGCAGGAGUCCCUGCUGCACGCCACCAAGAUGAUCGAUGAAAUUGUCAAUAAACUCCUCGACGACUUGGACGACGCCAAACUCCGUCUAAUGUCGCUCUACGGCGCGUGCACGUCCGACGUGCCGGCGGGACCCAUCGACCAGAAAUUCCAGUCUGUGGUCAUCGGAUGUGCCAUCGAGGAUCAGAAGAAGAUCAAAAGGCGGCUAGAGACUCUGCUCAGAAAUUUAGAAAAUUCUGAAAAGUCCAUCACGUUGUUGGAGCACCAGAAAUCAGCCGUUCGACAGUCUUGCAACAGCAAACAGGAUUAA